GCCCAGACUAUCGUUUGAGCGACGUUCUUCCUGCCUCGGCGGCAACAAAGCAGGCUAAAAAUUAGGCACCCAACGUCGCGCACGGGUACGCUGCCUGCUGUGUUUUCUUUUCCCACUCCAGUGACGCACACACGCACGCACACGCGGACGCGCCGGCCGGAAAAGAGAUUGCGGGCGAGGUCGCAACAAAAGAUCGAAGAGCAAUCUUCGGCCUUCAUUUUCCUCCUCUUCCUGCCCCCUUUGCAAUCCGUCGAGGGUCCGCAUACAGGCACGCCCCGCUCGUCCGCCGUUCCGUAGAUAGAGUAGCCGACCCACGCGCCCCGCAGAGGACCCAAGGAGAGGCUGCAGUCAUGCCACGAUCAACGCGCGUAUCCCAGUCGGCUGCUGCCACAGCUUCGCCCGACUUCGAGGCAGCUGGAGAGAAGAUGACGCCGAACAAGCGAACCACCUCGUCGAAGUCCGUCGCCUCUACGCGGUCAGUCAAGGCCGAACGCGACGAGACACCAGACGUGCUCGACAGCCAGGAAGCGACGAGAAUGGCAAACGAGGCGAAGGAGAAUGUCUUUCUUUUUGUGCCCAACCUCAUUGGGUACGCUCGAAUCGUGCUGGCGGCGCUGUCGCUGUACUACAUGAAGUCGAACCCGAAGACCUGCACGCUUCUCUACGGCAUUUCGUGCCUCCUCGACGCCGCAGACGGCGUUGCCGCCAGGGCACUUGGUCAGAGCACAAAGUUCGGCGCCGUGCUGGACAUGGUGACGGAUCGCUGCACGACGUCGUGCCUGCUUUGCUUCCUCACGACAGCCUACCCCCGUUGCGCCAUCAUCUUCCAAGGGCUCAUCACCCUCGACUUCAGCAGCCACUACAUCCACAUGUACAGCUCCCUCAUCACGGGCUCCAGCUCCCACAAGCUCGUCACCUCGGACGUGUCUUGGAUUCUGUGGUACUACUACAACGACAGCCGGACGCUCUUCUUCUACUGCGCGGGCAACGAGCUCUUCUUCGUCUGCCUCUACCUCAUGGACUUCUAUCCGACACCGCUGGGCCUCAAGCCCGAAUGGUUCCUGUGGCCCUUGGGCAAGGAGGUCGCUUCCAGCCUUACAAAGACCGCCAUCAACAACCAAGACUCGAUCCAGGCUCUGACAUUCGAGAUCAUCCGCAAGCUCACAUGGCCCCAGGUCCUGGGCGCCAUCACGUUCCCCAUCUGCGCCGUCAAGCAGGUCAUCAACGCCGUUCAGUUCUGGAAGGCCGCAAAGGUCCUUGUCGGUAUCGACCUGGCCGAGAGGGAAAAGAAGAGGGAAAAGCAGGGCGAAUAGGGCAGGGAGGACAUUCCUCAGAUGCGACGAUCUACGGCGAGAGUCUUUCUCUCUCUCUAUGCACUUUCCUUUCUUUCUUCUCUUCCCCAUCUCUUCCUCUCUCUUUCUCUUUCUCUUUCUCUUCUUUUGCUCCCUUUUUCUUCUUCUUUCUCGGAUUCGGCGCUGCGAGUAGAAGUCGUCUUCUCUUCGCUCUCUGGUCUACUCUCUCCUUUAAUCUACCUUCCCGCGAGACGCUCUUCGUCGUGCCGUGUAAUUCUUCCCUUCCCCCCUUUCAUCAAACUACAAGCCAAGCUAAAGUGGAAGCCACAAGCGACAAGAACGUCAAAAGGAAAUCCAAUGAUGGCAAGGAUGGAAAUCGUAACAUUGAAGACGGAUGUAAAUUGAAACAAUGACUGAGUAGAGGAUGAGAAGGGAGACGAGGGGAAAG